AUGGUGAACCCGCUCCGCUCUCUUUUUGACCUGGAUACCUUCUCUAUGAAGGCCUCUUACAUCAAGAAGACCUUUGAAAUACAGGGCUUCGGUGCAGCUAACUGGUUCCUUAGUAUUGCUAUCGAACGGGACCGUAACGCCGGCAAGCUUUGGCUAAAUCAACGAGCCUACAUUGAGAAGAUCGUCAAACGUUACCAUCUGGAGCACGGCAAGAAGGCCUCAACGCCGUUGCUAAAGGACGUAACGCUUGCAAAGAACGAAGGACAAGCAACGCCUGGCCAAAUACACGAAUACCAACAAAAGGUGGGCUCAGUCCUCUACGCCGCUGUCACCACCAGACCAGAUAUCGCCUUUGCAACGAGCAAGCUCGCGCAGUCCUUGAAAAAUCCAAGCCGAUUGCACCUCGAACAGGUAGACAGACUGAUUUGCUACCUGAGAGACACCAAAGACCUGUCUAUCGAAUAUGAUGGCACGCAUACACACGAAUUCUCCCACAUGACAGCAGCCGAAGCGAAUAUGAUUGGUUAA